CAGCUACAGCAGCAGCAGGGGGAGGAAGCCCACGACCAAGAACAGGAGGAGCAGCAGGUGGUUCGGCAACAAGAGCAGCGCGACCAACCACAGCAGCAGGAAAAUGCUCAGCAGCAGCAGCAGCAGCAACAACAGCAGCAGCAAGAUUCGGGGUUGCUGCAGCUGCUGCUGCUCAAGAGGUGGCCCCGGAAGAGCAGCAGCCUGCACGAAGAAGUCUUUGCCGCGCUGCCGCAAGGCCUCCGCAGCAAAGCAGCAGCAGCAGCAGAAGUUGAAGUGGGGCCCUUUGUGAUAGACACGCUGCUUCAGCCGCAGCAGCUGCUGCGCUGGCAGCAGCAGCAGCACAAGCAGCAGCAGCAACAGCAAAAACAGCAGCAGCGCAGCAAGCAGCAGAAAAAGGAAAACGUGACGCAGGCAGCCCGCAGCAAAAAAGAGGCACGACAGGCAAAGCAAAGGAAAACGCCGGGGAAACAGCAGCAAGUUGCUGCUGCUGCUGCUGCUGCUGCUGGGGUGUCCACGCUUCCAGGAGCAAAUGACGCAACGGGGGCAACUGCAGCAGCAGCAGCAGCAGCAGCAGGCUGCACGAGUGCGGCUCAAAGGAGAGGGAGUGGGAAAGCCCCCCAGAGAGGCAGCAGCAGCAGCAGCAACCGUAGCAGCUACGGUAACAGCAGCAGCAGCAGCAGCAAUAGGAGCUGCAGUGGUAGCAGCAGCAGCGGGACAAACAGCAGCAGCUCCCGCCGCAGUAGUAGGAGCAGCAACGGCAGCAAAAGCAGCAGAUGCAACAGCAGCAGCAGCAACAGCAGCAGCUGCAAAGGUGGCAGCAGCAACAGCAGCAGCAGCAGCAGAUGCGGUUCAAACGCUGUUUUUAUUUGA